AGGGGCGCUGCCACUAUGGGCUCCCGCCAGCCGCCGCCGGAGCCCCCGCUGGUGCUGCAGCAGCUGGCGGCGGGCGGCAGCCGGGCCCCCGAGUGGCGGGCGCUGCUGGGGCGGGCCGACGGCCUGGCGGCCGCGGGGAAGCUGCCCGAGGCGCUGCCGCUGUACCGCCUGGCGUCCCGGCACCGGCAGCUGCGGGCCGAGCAGCUGGGGCGGCUGGUGGAGUGCCUGGCGCGGGGCGUGCGGCUGAGGGAAGGGCUGCCCGCCGCCGCCACCGCCAGCGGCCCCCCGCAGCAGCAGCCCCGCGACUGGGAGGUGUUCGGGUGCCGCAAGUGCCAGGGCUUCCUCUUCGAGCCCGUGUCGCUGCCCUGCGGCCACACGUUCUGCAAAAAGUGCCUGGAGAGGGAGCGGCCGCCCCGGGCCCGCUGCGUGCUGUGCCGGGAGGAGGGCGGCGCGGCGGGCGGGCAGCUCCCGCGGGUCAAUGUCAUCCUCAGCAACCUGCUGGCCAAGUGGUUCCCCUGCCAAGUGAAGGCGUCGCAGCUCCGCCACGAAGGGAACCGCCUGUACGAGGAGAAGAAGCUGCAAGCCGCCCUGCAGAAGUACAACGAGGCGCUCAGCCUAGCCCCAAAUGACCACUUACUAUACAGCAACCGGUCCCAGAUUAACUCUACUUUGAAGGCUUGUGAAGAGGCAUUGCAUGAUGCAGAAACAGCAUGCAGACUUCAGCCGUACUGGUUCAAAGGUCACUUAAGGAAAGGACAAGCGUUAGCUAAUCUGGGGAAAACAGAAGAAGCUUUAAGAGAGUUCCUAUUCUGCCUUGCUCUAGAUACUGGGAACAAGACGGCCAAGUCUGAGGCUCAGAAGGUAAAUGUGGAACAGAAAAAGGGUUUUCCCCUUCAAGAGGAACCAGAUGUAACUACUUCUGGCAGUUUGAGGAAAUCCAUACAAAUUACAGAGAGUAAAAAGGACUGCUUAGAGGAGGAGAACAAACUCACCUCCAUUGCAGAGUCUGCCUUUCUUACUUCUGAUAAGCGCAGCCUCCUGAAAAGGAAGGGCUGCUCAGAGGAGGUGAGAAGUGCUGAGGUGCCCUGCAAGCUCAUGAAGAAAGAUGCGGUUGAUACUAAAGGAAAUAGCGCUGGGCAACAUAUUCCAUUUGAAUCUGUGGAUCCAUCAGAUCUGGACUGCUCCCUGUGUAUGAGGCUCUUCUAUGAACCUGUCACUACACCUUGUGGACACACCUUCUGCCUCAAAUGUCUUGAGAGAUGCCUGGAUCACAACCCAAAAUGUCCCCUGUGCAAAGAAGGGCUCUCAGAGUGCUUGGCUAUGAGGAAAUACUGUAAAACAGUACUAAUGGAGGAGUUAAUAGCUAGAUAUCUUCCAGAGGAACUCACUGAAAGAAGAAAGAUUUAUGAAGAGGAAAUAGCAGAGCUUUCCAACCUAAAUAAGAAUGUUCCUAUAUUUGUCUGCACAAUGGCUUAUCCUACAGUCCCGUGCCCUCUGCACAUAUUUGAGCCAUGUUAUCGCCUGAUGAUUCGAAGGUGCAUGGAGACUGGCACCAAACAAUUUGGGAUGUGCAUCAGCGACCCUGUAAAAGGGUUUGCAGACUAUGGCUGCAUUCUGGAGAUAAGAAACGUUGAAUUCUUUGCUGAUGGUCGCUCUGUUGUAGACAGCAUUGGCAAGAGGAGAUUUAAGGUGAUACAGCACAGCCAGCGUGAUGGCUAUAAUACAGCAGAUAUUGAGUACAUUGAGGAUCAAAAGGUGCAAGGACAAGACUAUGCUGCAUUACUUGUCCUCCACGAUUCUGUCUAUGAUCUGGCAUAUACGUGGUUUAACUCGCUCAAGCAGGCACUCAAAAGUCGAAUUCUCAGUCAUUUUGGUCCGAUGCCAGCUAAGGAUCCUGACCCACAGGCUAAUCCUAAUGGGCCAGCGUGGUGCUGGUGGGUCCUAGCUGUCCUUCCACUUGAGAACAGAGCUCAGCUCCCUUUCCUUGCCAUGAAAUCCCUCAAAGACCGCUUGAAUGGCAUCAGACGUGUCCUUACAUUCAUGUCUCGAACAAGAUCACGGUGAUGGUGAGGAGAGCUGUGAAGUCUCCCACAGUACUUGACUGUAGAGUAUUUCUUGUAACUUCAUCUAACUGCAAUAAUGUAUUACAGAUCUAAGUGUCAGGAUGUUUCAAGCCUGAAUUUCAAAUGAGUUAUAAAGAUCAAGGGAUGUUUAUGGAUACUUCAGUAGUUUCCAUUUGGAACUCUGAAAUGAUUAUUCAAUCACUGCACUGCUAAAUUAAUAACAAAUGUGAUAGAACAAAAAGUGAUCUUGUUUGCCAUAAACCUUUUAAAAAGCUUAAGAGGUUUUUAAUUUAUUUUUAUUUUUUGUAGUGGAUAAAGGGUAAACUGCAGCUUAAUGUGAAGCAGAAUUAAUAAUGUUUAUGCAUUAUUUCAGUGAACUGCAAAGUCUUUUCCAAUGGUUCAGGUUUUAUAUAGCGUUGUGUAUAAUAAUGUUCACAACUUCCGUUUGAUAAUUUAUUUUUGCACUAUGAUUUUUUUGUUUCAAAGUGUGUAUUAUUUAUGUGUUCAUUCUCUAAAGGAACGUGAGCUGCUCUAUUUAUUUAGUGUUUCUACCCUGUAUGUACAACUGGGGGGAAAAAUUAUGAUUCUGGCAGUGCACAAAAAACUGCUUUGAUCAUUUUUCAGAUACUUGUGUUCAAGUACUUUGAAUGUUUUUCUACUUGUCCCCAGUUCUACUGUAGCCUAAGGAUUUUUUCUCCUGAAACAGCCUGCCAUUAAGUCUUUGUAUACACAGAUUCUGAGAUAAUUCAUGCACAGUUGUUGGAGCUUGAUCCUAUGCUUGCAGCUAGGUCCCUGAUAUCACAAAGCAGUCAAGCACAUACUUAACAUUAAGCAUGAGUGUGCAAGUGCUCGACUAAAUCGAGGUAUUGAUCAGCUGAUGGCAGUGGGAAUUGGGUGACAGAAGGUUCCAUCCCCUAAUGUUGCACAGAACGGAGAAUAACUUAGUUGAAUUUAUAUCUGAACCCUUCCUUGCAAGAAAGGAUGAUGGCUACAAAGAACUAACUGCUAAAGAGUGAGCCACACUCAGUGGCUGUUCCUAAAAAUGAAACUGGAAGGAUUGGUAUCAUUUCAUUGUAGGAUAUGACACAGAUCUUUUUUACAACUACUCUUGUUACUGUUGAGAUAAGCUUUAUUUUUUUCAUAAGUGUUUGGGACUUGGUUUUGGAGUGUGUAUGUGGGUGGAGGGAGGGUUAUUUUGAACCACAGGACUCAGAGGGCAGUUUGUAUCACAUGAGAAGGAAAAUGUAAUAAAUGCUAUUUAUUUAUUUCACCCCAAUCUUCAGGUUUCUGUUAGCUUCAAAUCUCUACCCAGACACUGCAUUUCUCUUAACAGAGAUUGGUCAGUGUUGUUAAAUAGUAGUUUAACUUAACCCCUAAGGAGAACAAGUGCAUUUUGGGGUGAUCACUUCUAGCUGUAAAGCAGGUAAAAACAGGGCAAAAAUGAGAACAGCAGUAACUUAGGUGUUUUGUUUUGUUCUUUUGUUGUUGCUUAAAUCAACAGUUUGUAUGCUGUUUUGAUUUGUCUACCACUUUCUGGGACUGAUCCUAGUUCCACGGGGCUCACUUUGACUUUCAUUGAUUUCAGUGUGAGCAGAACAGGGCCUUUUAUUCCUAGCUACUGUUUUCAGUGGCAAAAAGAAACAAAACAAAAAAUAAAACCCUGAAACUGUUGUGGAAUGCUACAAAUUUCCUUAUUAUUUCAUCCCAGGAUAGCACUAAUUGCCAUUCCAUGCCUUUAUGGAAAAAUGCGGUAGAAUUUAAUGUUUGUGUUUUCCCCAUCAUUAUUUCAUCAGAAACAUCUAUUAAGAGUAAUUUCUGUUCUGAUAACUUUCCAUAAAAUUAUCUUUGUUCCCCCUCUUGUUAAAUUCUAUAGGACUUUUCCAUAAGGGUACCAAAGAAAGAAUGGAAGACAAACACAUUUCAGCCUUGUGAUGCAAAUGGAAGAUGUAUUCUGUGUUUGCAUUUAGCUACUCUAGAAAUGCUACAACUUGUUUCCAUACUGCUAGAUUGCUGCACUUCUGACGUCUUCUGUAGGUGGUACUUUACAUGCUUCUCUGUGAACCAAUGUAUAGAAAUACAUACAUGUUCUGAACAAUAACAAGUGUAUGGUGGCUGAGAGCUGCUAUAGCAUUUGUCUUCGUAAGUCAAAAAGUGACUCCUACUUGUUUGGAAAUGAAGCUGCAUUAAAUAUAAUUCUUCCUUAAACUAUUAUGUAUUAAUGCAUAACAAGGAGCCCACGUUGCUCCCAAAGAAAUAAGCUGGCAUUUAGUUCCUCGUAUCUGUGAGAAAAGGACCUUAGAUAUCUAUUUUACUGUUUUCUCACUGAUCUUACUGUUUUUUUUUCCUGCAUGCUACAUUUUCUCCAUACUCAUAUUCUGCCUAUUUUGUUAAUUCAGAAAUUGCCAAGGAAAGAAUCCUUUAUUUUACAAGCAAAUAUUGUCUUUCUUUAUUAGACUUGAGUAAAGCUAUCAAUUUUCUAAUUAGAAAUUUGCAUAUAGAUGCACUGUAUUGUGAACACCCAGUGUAUUUGGUGCAGCCUGGAAACUCUGGAACUACUGCAUACGAUACGUACAGUUGACCUGCAUAUGGACAACAGAUCAAGUACACCAAGGAAGUUCAUCGGUACAUGUACACUACCGUUCUGUCUGGGACUGCUCUGUGGCCACACAUCCUAGAUUAAUGGGUAAUCUGCAAAUUCGCUCAGAGGAAAAACAGAAAAUGUGAGAAACAAAUUUCCUAGAGAACACAAAGGUGUCAAGUAAAUGCUAGACAAUGAGUAGCCUUAGUCUUCAGUGAGUUGAGAUGGUUGUUUAAGUAAUGAGGUUUAAAAGAAGUCUUUAGUUAUGCCACAGUAUGGAUGGACUCUUUCAGUUGUAGUAAUCAGUACAAGGAUGUAAAUGCAACACUUAUUACAGGCAUAAAUAAACAGAUGACCAGAUUUAAAAAUACCUUCACUUCAAUAAUAGAAACGGCAUUGAUCAAAUUUAAUGGGAGGAAUAUUUUAUUUAUGCUUCUUACUUUGUUCUAUGUAUCUACUUUGCCUCAACCACUCUUGCUGAUUGAUUUAAAAAAAAAAAAAAAAGGCACUUUGUAAAGUUACGUUUCCUCUGUGGCUAGAAGUACUGAUUAUUUUUUGUUGUGAGGUCAUAAGUAAUGCAAAGGUUUCUUACUAGUCCUUCAGAGAAGGUAUUUUCCAUUGACUCUUGAUUAGUGAGUUGGGUUUACUACAAUCAACAGAAGUUCUUCAAUUCACAUAGAAAUGCGAUGAGUCCCCCUUUUUAAAAAAAAAAAAAAAAAUCUGUGAUGGAGAAGAAAGCCACCAAUAGAAGAAGAAACUAAGUGCCAGUCUCCUAGUGAAUAUCAUGGUAAACCAUUCAAACAUCUGGAGACUGUGAAAGCUUUAGACUUGCAUUUGUGAGAUAUGGUUGUGUUCAUCUGAAAUCUUUUCACCCUUCCAUAGAUGAAGUAUUUAACAAAACAGAUUAAAAUAAGUAACCAAGGCUGACUGUAUCACCUUUCCAAAUCUCUGUACGUACAUAUAGCUUCUAAUUAAAAACAGAUGACUUGGGGGGGAAGAAAUUAUGGUAAUUUUUCAUUCCCAUACAUAGACGAACUUCUAAAAUUUAUAGUAACUUAAGUUGAUUUGUGUAGCAAUAACUUAUGGGGAGUUGCUUCUAUGAAAAUAGCUAUUAUCUUGGCUUGCAUAACUGUGGAAAGUAAACUAGAGGCAGGACUAGAUUAGUCAGGAAAAAUCGUCAACUCUGACAGUGAACUCGCACAGUUAUAGAAAGUAGUUUGGUAGUAUUAAUAACGAAAUGAUAAAAUGGUGUAUCACCUGUGUUAGACCAUUAUCAUGUUAAAUCUAAUUGACAUUCUAGUGUUAGUUGUAAAAAAUUUCUGAUAUUUUCUCUUCCAUUGGCUUGUAGCAAUAACAGAUAGAAGCUGUCAUACUGAAUGGCUGACCUAUUGCUUGGCCUAUGCUUCCGUCCUGUAUGACUGCUUGCAAACAGAACACCUGAACCAUGGAUUUCUUAAUCCAAAGAUAAUUUUAAUUAAAAAAAAAAAGUCAUGGGGAUGUGGAUGUAGCAGGUCUGGCUUAAUUUGAGUUGUAGAAAAAGCGUUGUAAAAUUAAGUCUUGUUUUAGAUGUUUUUUUAAUGAUUUGUUUGGUGCUGAAGUUUUACUGGUGUUUAAACUAGUGACAGACAGGAGUUGUACUUAAACACAGUGUUUAGAAAUGGAGGACAUGUUCACAAACUUAUUUAAAAACAAAUGUAAACUAACUACAGGGUUUUUGAUGCAUCAAAACCCCACUAGAACUAUAUGCUCUUUGGGUAGUGCUCUCCAGUCCCCUGAGUUCUUCAUUAGCUGAAAACUAAGCAGGGGUUGAGGUUAUUUAUUGUGUCAACUUCACAACCUAGCCUGUAACUGGUGCAGCAAAUAGUUUAAGAUCUGAUCUGGAGUUUUUUCCAAAGCCCAGUAAAUCAAUGAAAGUCUUAGAGCUACAAAAAGGUGAUAGUUUAGCAUAGUCACUGUUCUGAAACAUUUUGCUAAGUAAAUAUUGUCUGGGUACAAACUGAACUGCCUAGUCAGGAUUAAAAUGAGGGAUAAUACUUAAAAGAAAAACUGAACUGUUACAUUGACUUCCUCAUCCAGGUGUCAUGUGAAGUGCUUACUAGUGGUGGAGUUUCAUAAGGUCUAAAGUAACCCUCACAUAGAAGUGCCUGUAUUCUGUUAUUGCCAUUCUUGAUCUUUUUAAGAGAGUCAUAGCCAUAUAUUUUAUAAAUGUACACAUAUGCACCUUUAAAUCUUUAAAUUUGCAGAACAAAGGUUUACAGAGCAGAAGUGUAGCAAAAACAAUGUAAUAGCUUCUAUAAUUCCCUGGUGAGGGAUGGGAGAAGUACAAAAAUGAGGAGGAAGAGACUCUGUGUAAGAUGUCUUAAUUUGGCACCAUAUACUUGUCCAAUUUAAUUCCAUCAAGCUAUGUGGUUACAAGAGUGCCAGAAAUAUAUCUAUCAAGCCAUUUUAAAUAAGUUCUUUGUGGACUUGUAUAUUCCAUUUGUUUGUAAAAACAUCCUUUUUGUGCACUGUAAUGAACUUGAACUGAAACUUAAGUUAUUAUGCUCAUAUCACUGAACAGAGUUCUGUUCAGCUACCUCUACAUAAGGUUGAAGUACUUUGUUUUUUUCCAGAUUUGUUCACACUGUCAUAUAAAAUAUAUUUUUUAAAAAUCAUAGUCCAAAGAACCUGUAUGUGUUUGUAGAUGUACAUAUAACUACCUUGUACCAACAAAGUCUAUGUGGAGAGUUGUUUGCUAAUUAAACUUUUUGUGUUCUUUACUCUUUGGCUUGCAUAACAAAGAACUACACCUGGUAACAAACAUUACACAUGAGCUGCUUUUUCAGGUAUUUUAGAAAAAGGAAAGAAGAACAAAUCCUAGAUCCUACAGUAAUGCACCAAAAUUUGAUGUGAAGGAACUAACUCAGAGAAAGGAAGUUAGUUGCCCAAACCUCAUUUGUGAAGGACAUCAAGAGCAUUUUUCCUUCUUUGUAGUAAAGUAGGAAUGAUGGGAAGUGACAAGGGCCUAGCUUUCAAUACCACAUUUGCUUCUCUGGACUGUGGUACCUCUCACAUACUGUUUCCUUCACAGUGAGUUGCUUCAUUUUCUGUGAUUUGAAGCAAUAACUGGGCUAACUUUUCAUUUACGGUCUCAGCCAAGAAUGAGCCCUAGCUGCUUUCUAAGCUGUAUCAGUGAAAGCACUAUAUUCAGUGAGGACCCCUUAACCAGAAGCUUCAUAGGGUUUUUAAAGUCCUCAAUUUUACAGAAAAAGCUAGAAGAGUAGUUUUAUUCAUAAACUUAUCACUGAGAGGAACAGCUUCAUAUUUUAUUCUACUAAAAAUGUGGAAGCGUUGCCUGAUUUUUAAAAGGUAAACACAUACAGACUGUUCCUUUAAAACAUGUACGGACUGCUCCUUUACCUUGUCAUUUAAGCAAGAAGGGAGCUGUGGCAUGGUUGUCAUACACUGCAUAAGUUCCCUGCCACUUAUACUACCAGAGCUUGGCUUGCUGGUCUCUUAUGUAAGCUUGUUCAGGUCCUGCAUUUAUUUUAGAAUCCAAGGCAUAAUCUAAACACCGUAUAUAGUAAGCCAAAAACUAAUUAUGUCAACACUGCUGUUUUCUUUAACAACAUAAAUUUGACUCUGAGUAGAGGAAGUAUUUUUGUUGAAGUGCUUUUCCAUCAAGAAAUAGCAAAUAGUCAAAACAAGGUUUGCUUAAAGUGUUUGAACUAUUCCUUUUAAUUCUCAAUUUCAGGUUUGAAGGCUUUAAUUAAGAAAGGUUUUUAGUUGCAGUUUAAUGUACAGUUUAAAAAUGUCUUUAGUUGUAGUUUAAAGCAGAGAAAAUUUAAAGUAAAGACAGGGUAGCAAACAUAUUUUCCAACUACUUGUUCACUGUGCUCCCAUUUUGUAAUGCUGUAUCUACAUAGAUUUAUUCAAAUGACUUUUGAAUUAUUCUAAAGUCAUCUAUGCUUACAUAAUGUUUCACAUUAAAAUGAGCAUUAAGAAGUGCUAAUGAUCUCUAUCCUGUAAAGCAGUUGAAGGGAAAUUACUUACUCCAGUUAGCCUUUGCUUCCCAGUUUAUUUCGUAACACAAUAAUCUGCAUUCACCAGGGCUUGGAUCAGGACUGUGGCACGCUGAGCAAAGUGAAGGACGUGCUACAUGAUAGCUCCUGGCUGUUAUCUGCCACAGCUUUGAAAAUUCUGGCAUUCAGCUGUAACAUGUUUUUUAUUCUGUUAAUGAGAUGCCACAAAAUCCUGGAACAUCUAUUAAUGUGCUGUGGUUCUCUAUGAGUUAAAGUACUGCAACGUUUUUAUCUUCAAGUGAGGUAGCUGACCUUAAUUUAACAACUAUUUAGCCUCUGCUAUACCAGUUGUAGGCUGACUGGUCCUUAGUUCAUCCUAACCAGAAUAAUAAUAAAAAAAAAACAAGGUCUACUAUGCGUCACCCUCUUGGCCACACCUACCGUUGAAGGAGGAAUAGAAACUUUGUUAGUAAACUAUCAUAGGGCUAGGCUUGUUUGUUGUUGUUUUUAAUACAUGUUAUUUCUGAUUUUCAAGCUGAGCAGAUUUUUUUAUCAGCAGUUAAUAAUACCAAGUUCUCUAGAAACUACACAAUAGAACAGAUUAAGUCAUGCUUACAAGUAAACUAGGUCAUCAGGCCUUCUUUACCAGACAUGCUGUAUUUUUAACUAACCAUUAAGAUAAGCUGUAUAUCGAUGCCAAAAAUUAAUACACAGAGGCUACCUGAAAACCAGAGCACUGACGUAAAGAGCGAGAUUUCCUAUGUAGACUAGCCCUCAGCCGCCACAUACCGAACAGUUUACAUCUUCUGUUAGGAUGGCUUUCAGGUUACAAAAGAAAUAACUGGCUGAAAGAAUCUAUAUAAUAAAAGCCUGAGUAUGCUGUCAAUACCAUUUUCAUGCCAGCAUAACAUCUUUUGUUUCAGUAGAUCUGCUCUUGGUUUAUAAUGCCAUAAAAUGAAAGGAGAAUUAGGCUAUUUAUGUAAGUGACUUUAUUUAUAUAACUGACUUAUGCUGUAUUAUGUGAUGGAAAAGAAAAUCAAGCACAUGGCUUUUUUGUGUUUUCUAUGCGCUACAGAAAGAUUUUGUAAAAGUAAAACUAGUAAUAAAUGGUUUUCUCUAU